AUUACAUGAAUGAAUAAUAACACAUUUUUCAAAUGAGCUGAGUUAAUUUGACCAACAAAGGCAGAACACAUGGUCCUCUUUGGAUGGACAGGUUCAUCCGCAACUGCAAUGUGGAUUUCUUUGGGUCUAUUGAUCUACAUUCCGUUCUCACAUGGUUCAGAUGUUGGCACACUUGAGGUCCAGUACACAGUGUAUCAAGGCCCAGAUGGCAAGCUGCAGUUUCAGCAGACAACUCUGUUCAAUGGACACGUGAUAUUUUCCUGCAAUGGCCAAACACUGAGAGACCAACCACAACAGGACUGGGUAACACAGGCAUUCACCCAAGAGGAACUGGAGGAAAGACACCAGCAGUGCAAAAGUCAGUGUUAUAAGCACAUAACUUCUUAUGAGAAGAUAAAACGGACAAUCACUGUCUCAGCAGAUAUUCUUCAAAGACGUCGAGGUUACUCAAUCAGCAGCUCAGGAAAGUCUUCCUUUGAUGAGUGGGGUGUGAAUGGAGAGGACUUCCUGACCUUUGACCCCAAUUCUCUUAAAUGGACGGCUCAGACUGAUGAUGCCAACCUUUUAGAAGCAUGGUGGGAUGGAGAGCACCAUAUGAAUUAUGCUUACAAAGCUUUUUUGAAUAUUUUGUAUUCUGAAUUACCCAUCUUGAAGACGAAGCUAGCAGCAAGGCCCAGUGUUGAGGCACACGCAGGUGUGGAGCUUCAUACAUUUGCUGACCCCAUCGCAGGAGGAACUGUCUCAUAUUUGCAGUGUCAUGUGACAGGCAUCAGCCUAUCAGAAGUCAGUAUCCAGUUAACUAAAGAUGGGGUUCCUCUUGGUCAUGGAUUUCAUCAGAUUGGACCACUUCCCAAUGGAGACGGAACAGCUCAGAUGAGGGUCCUGGUUAAGACCACAAUAGACAGCAGUAAAACAUAUCGAUGUGAAGGUCACAGUGAGACUUUUAACAAGUCCGUUGUCUUUGAUGACCCAUCACCUCACCGGAGUACUGAGAAACGGACUCUUCCAUAUGUCACUGGGAUUAUUAUAUGUAUUGUGGUGAUUCUUGGGAUACUAAUUGGUUACCCUUUGUUGGUGCUGCAUGUGAGGAAGAUGAUGGAGGUGACAGCAGCGAAGAAAGCCCAAAAGACAGCUUUAAUCGUCUAAGCUAUAGCAGCUUCAACUCUUCUGGAAAGGCUUUCCAUAAGGUGAAGGAAUGUGUUUAUUGAUUUAAAAAAUAUCAUUCUUCCAGAAGCGUGUUUGUCAGGUCACACACUGAUGCUGUUAAUGUGAUAUUUAUCACUCACCAGUCAGCAUGCGGCAUGUCUUAUUGUGCUAACUACCUACAGUG